AUGUCACAAGCAUCAUCAGUCGCUGAUGCCACACAGAAGCUCUUUCUAGAGCUCAAGUCUAAAAACGAGGAAACCCGGCAUCGAGCCGCACUUGAAUUAUACGACAAUGUAGUAGCGGUCUCUAGAGAACUCCCGCAAGACAAAUUCCUUGAAUACUACAAUACUGUCAGCGGACGGAUAGCUCAACUGGUGGUUACGGGAAGUGAUGCGAAUGAGAAAAUCGGCGGAUUACUUGCGCUUGACAGGCUAAUCGACUUUGAUGGCGUCGAUGCUGCUCAAAAAACCACCCGGUUCUCUGGUUACUUGCGUAGCGCGUUGAAAAGCAAUGACAACACCGUCCUUCUUUAUGCCGCCACGUCUCUCGGCCGUUUAGCAAAACCAGGUGGCGCCCUAACCGCGGAACUUGUGGAAAGUGAGAUACAAUCUGCGUUAGAAUGGCUACAAUCAGAGCGACAGGAGAACCGGCGUUUUGCUGCUGUGCUGGUCAUCAGAGAACUUGCCAAAGGAUCACCAACACUUCUCUACGGGUUUAUUGCACAGAUCCUGGAACUCGUUUGGGUCGCCCUUCGUGACCCAAAAGUCCUUAUCCGGGAAACCUCUGCCGACGCAAUCAGCCAAUGCUUUGAAAUCAUUUCUGCUCGAGAUAGCCAGGUCCGACAUCAAUGGUUUGCGGGGAUUUAUGACGAAACUCUACUCGGCCUAAGGUCAACGAACGUGGAUUGGAUUCAUGGGUCCUUAUUAGCCCUUAGGGAGUUACUUCUUAAGGGGGCUAUGUUUAUGAACGAGCAUUAUCGCAAUGCUUGUGAGAUAGUACUCCGAUUAAAAGACCACCGAGACCCCAAAAUUCGAAUCCAGGUUGCCGCAACUAUCCCAGUUCUUGCAUCUUAUGCUCCGCUGGAUUUUACGAAUACCUAUCUUCAUAGGUUUAUGAUAUAUCUCCAGGCCCAAUUAAAGCGGGACAAAGAACGGAAUGCCGCCUUCAUUGCCAUUGGCAAGAUUGCUAGCGCCGUAGGUAAUGCAAUUGGGCAAUUUCUCGACGGGAUAAUCGUGUAUAUCCGCGAGGGCUUGACCUUGAAAGCGCGUAACCGUGCUGCUGUGAACGAAGCUCCUAUGCUUGAAUGCUUAAGUAUGCUAGCGUUAGCAGUGGGGCAGACGUUGAGCAAAUAUAUGGAAUCUCUCCUCGACCCUAUCUUUGCUUGUGGUUUGAGCAAGGCCCUUACCCAGGCGCUCGUUGAUAUCGCGCAUUAUAUCCCGCCCAUCCGAGCCACCAUCCAAGAAAAGCUCCUUGACAUGCUGAGCUUGGUUUUGUGCGGAAAACCAUUUCAGCCUCUGGGUUGCCCAGACAAUCGCGCCCCGCCCAUGCCAUCCUUUGUCAAAGAUUCUACACAGCCGCCCCAAGAAGCCACUGACAGCGAGAUUACUCUUGCUCUGCUGACGCUCGGCAGUUUCGACUUUUCUGGCCAUAUAUUGAACGAGUUCGUGCGUGAUGUCGCAAUAAAAUAUGUCGAUAACGAUAAUGCUGAGAUUCGUAAAGCCUCCGCAUUAACCUGCUGCCAGCUGUUUGUGCAUGAUCCUAUCUUAAAUCAAACGAGCAGCCAUUCUCUCCAAGUUGUCAGCCAGGUCAUCGACAAGCUGCUGUCUGUGGGAGUUGGGGACCCAGAGCCUGAGAUUCGCUGCACAGUACUGCAGUCGCUGGAUCAGAAAUUCGAUCGUCAUUUAGCCAAACCGGAAAACGUUCGUUGUCUUUUCCUUGCCGUCAACGAUGAAGUUUUUAUGGUGCGAGAAGCUGCAAUUAGUAUCAUCGGUCGUUUAUCAAACGUUAAUCCUGCUUAUGUUUUCCCGCCCCUGCGAAAAUUGCUCGUCAACCUCCUAACAGGGCUCAGUUUCGCCACGACUCCACGCCAGAAGGAAGAAAGCGCUCAAUUGAUAAGCUUGUUUGUUUCAAAUGCAACGAAACUCGUUCGUUCGUAUGUCGACCCGAUGAUAACAACAUUAUUACCCAAGACGACAGAUUUCAACCCUGCUGUGUCUGCUACUACUAUUAAGGCUAUUGGGGAACUUGCAACCAUUGGCGGUGAUGACAUGAAGCAAUACUUACCUCAGAUCAUGCCUAUUAUUUUAGAUGCAUUGCAGGAUCUAUCAUCACCUUCGAAAAGAGAAGCGGCUUUACGCACCCUUGGACAGCUGGCGAGCAAUGCUGGAUAUGUCAUUGAACCUUAUAAGGAGUACCCACAACUUCUUGCUGUUCUAAUUAAUAUCGUCAAGACGGAACAGGCUGGCUCACUAAGAAAAGAAACGAUCAAGCUUAUUGGUACCCUGGGCGCUUUGGACCCAUACAAAUAUCAGCAAAUAAGCCAAGAUACCCCUGACGUCCAUCACAUCAAUGAAGUUCAAGCAGUAUCCGAUGUAUCCUUAAUUAUGCAAGGUUUGACGCCUUCUAAUGAAGAAUACUAUCCUACGGUUGUCAUCAAUACUCUAUUACAAAACAUCCUAAGCGAGAGCUCCCUUGCACAGUAUCACUCCGCCGUCAUCGACGCUAUUGUUACCGUUUUCAAGACGUUGGGCUUGAAAUGUGUUCCUUUUCUAGGACAAAUCAUCCCGGCCUUCAUUUCGGUUAUAAAAAAUACUCCAACCAGUCGACUUGAAACUUAUUUCAACCAGCUGGCAAUAUUGGUCACGAUCGUCAGACAGCAUAUCCGUGCAUUUUUGCCAGAGAUAAUAGUUGUCGUCCGCGAGUAUUGGGAUGCUUCCUAUCAGGUUCAGGCAACGAUAUUAUCUCUUGUAGAGGCAAUAUCAAAAUCCCUCGAAGGUGAAUUCAAAAAAUACCUAGCUAGUCUGAUCCCAUUAAUGUUAGACACCAUCGAAAAGGAUAAUAGCCCGAGACGCCAGCCGUCGGAAAGGAUUCUACAUACUUUCCUUGUGUUUGGGUCAAGUGCCGAAGAAUACAUGCACAGAAUUAUCCCGGCAAUUGUUAGGUCGUUUGAUAAACCCCAAGCGCCUCAGAGCAUCAGAAAAUCGGCCAUUGAAACUUUAGCUAAGCUAUCUCGUCAAGUCAACGUGUCCGACUUUGCAUCCCUCAUGAUCCAUCCGUUGGCGAGGGUUAUUGGAGGGAGUGACCGCACCUUGAGACAGUCUGCAUUAGACUGCAUUUGUACUCUAAUAUUCCAGCUGGGGCAGGACUUUACGAAUUAUAUCCAGUUAAUCAACAAGGUUCUGCAUCUCUUACCUCCUUUGUCUGAUUUCUUUACUAACUUCUGGCAGGUGCUUAAAAACAACCAAAUUCAUCACCACAACUAUCAAAUCCUCAUUUCAAAACUCCAAAAAGGCGAACCCCUGCCACAGGAUUUGAACCCAGAUGAGCAGUAUGGUUCGUUUGGUGAUGAUCAAUCCUUUGGAGAAGUUGGCCAGAAGAAAAUUCUCGUGAACCAGCAACAUCUCAAAAAUGCAUGGGAUGCAACCCAAAAGUCGACUCGGGAGGAUUGGCAAGAGUGGAUGAGACGUUUCAGCGUAGAGCUGCUUAAAGAAUCCCCAUCUCAUGCCCUUCGAGCUUGUGCCAGCUUAGCCGGUAUCUACCAACCACUGGCAAAGGAUCUGUUCAACGCCGCUUUCGUUUCAUGCUGGACUGAACUUUACCACACCUACCAAGAAGAAUUAGUUCACUCAAUCGACCUUGCACUUAGGGCACGAAAUAUACCUCCAGAAAUUCUUCAAAUUCUCCUAAAUUUAGCCGAGUUUAUGGAGCACGAUGAUAAAGCGCUUCCGAUUGACAUUCGAACACUUGGAAAAUAUGCAGGGAAAUGCCAUGCUUUCGCGAAGGCGCUACAUUAUAAAGAGCUUGAAUUUGAGCAAGAUCAGAAUUCGAGCGCGGUAGAAGCGUUGAUUAGCAUAAAUAAUCAGCUUCAGCAAUUUGAUGCCGCAAUUGGUAUUCUCCGCAAGGCUCAAGCGUACAGGGACGUGGAGUUAAAAGAGACAUGGUUUGUAAAGCUGCAACGCUGGGAGGAAGCAUUAGCCGCCUAUAAACGACGAGAAUUGAUUGAUCCGGAUUCGUUUGAGGUCACCAUGGGAAAGAUGCGCUGCUUGCAUGCCCUUGGAGAAUGGAAGAUGCUUUCAGAUUUGGCGCAAGAAAAGUGGAAUCAAGCGUCCAACGACCAUCGAAUAUCGAUUGCCCCGCUUGCUGCUGCUGCUGCCUGGGGCCGCGGCCAGUGGGGAUUGAUGGAUUCAUACAUUGGAGUAAUGAAGGAUCAAUCACCCGAUCGGUCGUUCUUCGGUGCGAUUCUUUCCUUGCAUCGAAAUCAAUUCAAAGAGGCGGCGGACUACAUCGAGAAGGCUCGUAAUGCCCUUGACACCGAACUGUCCGCUUUGCUGGGCGAAUCUUAUAAUCGUGCUUAUAACGUCGUGGUCCGCGUCCAAAUGCUGGCUGAGCUCGAAGAAAUAAUCACAUACAAACAGAGUGCCGGGGAUUAUGAAAAGCAAGAGGCCAUGCGACAAACAUGGAAUAAACGACUCUUGGGUUGCCAGCAGAAUGUCGAAGUAUGGCAACGAAUGCUCAAAGUCAGGGCUCUAGUCAUUUCUCCAAGGGAAAAUUUGGAUAUGUGGAUUAAGUUUGCCAAUCUCUGCCGGAAAUCUAAUCGCAUGGGGCUCGCCGAACGCUCCCUCAGCUCGUUGGAAACGGUCGAGUCGUCUGAGUUUGGAAUUCCACCAGAGGUGACCUAUGCCCGUCUUAAAUUUGACUGGGCUGCAGGUCACCAACAGGAGGCUCUUCAGGCGUUGAAAGGCUUUACUCAUUCAUUGACCGAAGAGUACGCAAAGUACAACAGCCUUGUCAACCCACCACAUGCGCAACAACAGCAAGGCGUGGACGGAAAUCAUAUGUCUAACGGACACGCGGAACAGAGAGAAGCUGAAAUAGCUGCAAUCCGUCAGCACCUUGGCGAUCUUGGGAAAUUCCGCCGACUUCUUGCUAAAAGCCAUCUCAAACAAGGCGAAUGGCAGACGGCUUUACACAGAGGGGACUGGAGAUCUGACAGUGUUCGUGAUGUGUUGAGCGCUUAUUCCGCAGCUACACAUUACAACCGCGAUUCCUAUAAAGCCUGGCAUGCUUGGGCGCUUGCGAACUUCGAGGUUUUGAAUGCUCUGAGUCCGCAGUCCAACAAUGAUGCCGUGUCAAUACCUCACCACGUCAUCAGCGAACAUGUAAUACCCGCUAUCCGUGGAUUCUUCCGGUCGAUCGCCCUGUCAUCAUCAAGUGCUUUACAGGACACCUUGAGGCUUCUCACACUCUGGUUUACCCAUGGAGGCGAUGCAGAAGUAAAUAGUGUCGUCACUGAAGGUUUUGCGACGGUUAGCAUUGAUACCUGGCUUGAGGUUACGCCCCAGCUUAUUGCGCGAAUAAAUCAACCCAAUCCUCGGGUCCGCGAUUCAGUUCACCGUCUUCUUGCAGAGCUGGGUAAGGCUCAUCCGCAAGCGUUGGUAUACCCCUUAACUGUUGCGACAAAGUCCAACGUGGUCCGCCGAUCAGAACUGGCUAGUUACAUCAUGGACAGUAUGCGACAACAUAGUCCGAAGCUUGUCGAACAAGCCGAAAUCGUUAGCCAUGAGUUGGUUCGAGUUGCAGUUUUAUGGCAUGAGCUCUGGUAUGACGGAUUGGAAGAAGCAUCUCGACUUUAUUUCGCAAAUCAUAACGUCGAGGGCAUGUUCGCGACCCUAGCGCCUCUACAUGAUAUGCUAGACAAAGGCGCCGAAACCCUGAGAGAAGUGUCAUUUGCUCAAGCUUUUGGCCGUGAUCUAGCUGAAGCCAGGCAUUUCUGUAACCGUUAUCGGGAGAAACAGGAAGUCGGAGACCUCAACCAAGCGUGGGAUCUCUAUUACACGGUAUUCAAGAAAAUUGAUCGACAGGUUCGACACAUGAGGACCCUUGACUUGAAAUAUGUUUCCCCCAAACUUAAGGACGUCGCAGAUCUAGAUCUGGCAAUUCCAGGGACAUAUCAAAGCGGGAAGCCAGUAAUAAGGAUUAUGAGUUUGGAUCCAGUAUUGAUUUUGGUCCAAACGAAGAAGAAACCGCGAAAGAUGAUUAUCAAAGGUAGUGACGGCAACUCGUAUAUGUACAAUCUCAAGGGCCACGAGGAUAUCCGUCAAGAUGAGAGAGUCAUGCAAUUGUUUGGCCUGAUCAACACCCUUUUGGAAAAGGACAAUGAAUGCUUUAAACGGCAUUUGAUCAUUCAGCGUUUCCCUGCUAUUCCUUUGUCUCAAAACUCUGGGUUAAUUGGGUGGGUCACAAACACAGACACUCUCCAUGCUUUGAUUAAGGAGUAUCGAGAGAGCCGGCGAAUUCUGCUCAACAUCGAGCAGCGCAUAAUGUUACAGAUGGCUCCAGACUAUGAAAGUCUGACUCUGAUGCAAAAGGUUGAAGUAUUUGGUUAUGCCAUGGACAACACGACUGGCAAGGACCUCUACAGAGUCUUAUGGCUUAAGAGCAAGAGCUCAGAGUCGUGGCUUGAAAGGCGCACCAACUAUACUCGGUCAUUAGGUGUCAUGUCCAUGGCGGGAUACAUUCUCGGUUUAGGCGAUCGCCACCCAUCCAACCUUUUGCUGGAUAGAAUUACUGGUAAAAUCGUUCAUAUUGAUUUUGGCGAUUGCUUCGAGGUCGCUAUGCACCGCGAAAAGUACCCCGAACGGGUUCCAUUCCGACUUACUCGCAUGCUCACUUUUGCGAUGGAAGUUAGCAAUAUCGAAGGAAGCUAUCACAUUACUUGUGGAGCUGUCAUGCGAGUGCUUCGAGAGAAUAAAGAAUCACUAAUGGCGGUUUUGGAGGCGUUCAUCCAUGACCCGUUGAUCAAUUGGCGGUUGGGAGCACGCGAGUCUCCUGCGCAGCCAUCUUUCGCUGAUCGUCGCCAGUCCACUGAACUCAAUCUCGACCAUCCGCUGCAACCAGGCAACUUUGCACGUCGUCGUCCUUCAAUUUUGGACGGUGGUAUUCUCGAUGCUCAGCAGGGCGUCCCUAACGAAGCUAGAGAAGUGCAGAAUGCUCGUGCUCUCCAAGUACUCGGCAGAGUUCGGGAGAAAUUGACUGGUCGGGACUUCAAGUCCCAUGAGGAGCUCAGCGUGGUUGACCAAGUCGACAAACUCUUGGUUCAAGCCACGAGCGUUGAGAACCUAUGUCAACAUUACAUUGGGUGGUGCAGCUUUUGGUAG